AUGGCAGAUGAUGAGCAAGAGACCUAUAAGCUAUGGCGAGUGAGGAAAACCAUCAUGCAGAUGUGUCACGAUCGUGGAUACUUGGUAACGCAGGAAGAAUUGGAUCAAACCCUAGAAGAGUUUAAAGAGAUGUUUGGCGAUCGUCCCAGUGAAAGGAAGCCAGCUCGUAGUGAUCUCACCAUUCUUGUUGCUCAUAACGACGACCCAACAGGCUUGAAACCAGAAGGAGUGGGAACUCCUCCAGAAGAUUAUGCAAGCUCAUUUACGAGUGAAGUGAACAAGGCGUAG